CCAUGUCUGCACACCAGUACCAAGGCAAAACCAGGCUUAUUACUGUCCAACAAGAGCUUAACUCAACCAAGUUUGCAAACAUUGCAUACAUCAACCCAGACUUGUGUAAACUCCUCCUUAAAUGGUUCAGAUGAGACUUUCUCUCAGAGGUUAAGAUCUGUCGUCAAUUCUUCGGUACAACCAUGCUCCAGGACCUCUGAUCAAGAUUUCAAAUCAUCAUCAAACUGGUCUAGCCUGAAAUUGACUAAAGCAUCGUCUUACGAAAACCGUUCGCUAGCAUCCAGUCAUGUUCCAAGUGGCUUCACACCUGUCAAACUGCCAUUUGGCCUCAAUAGUGGAGACCCUAUGAUGACAUUUCCAGGGACACCUGCUAAAUCAACUAUUGGCUCACCACUUGGGUGUUUGUCAAUACCAGAGACACCAGGUACAAGUUUCACAGGUGUGGACUAUCUAGAACUGACAGAUGAUGAGGACGUGGCCAGUCUACUGUGUACAGAGUCCAUUGAUAGCAUCGACCUUGAGAAAAGCUUCUCUAACAAACCUUCAAUGGGGGAAGAAGAAAAUGACAAAGAAAUCAUCUCUGAAAUAGAUUACGAGGUUAGUUGUGACAGUGGUAAGAGUAGUGCCUCACAGAUGAAGGUCCGUAGAAGACUUGAUAGAGACUAUGGAUGCAGCAAGGAUCAAGCUGUACCUACCACAGAUAAAAGUUGUCUGGAGUUUGAUGGUUAUCUUCUAUUCCACAAGCACAAUGCAGCACUAAUGGAUCCUGGCUGCAGUUCCUCCGAGAAGGCUUUAACCAUUGCUGAUAUGUGGGAUAAUCUUGAACCAGAGGAUCGUGCACGUUACGCCAGGAUUGCUUCCCUUGAUCAGUCAGAUGAUUCUAUUGACCUGUCAGCAGAUCUGCUUGGUAUUGACCUGAAACCUCUACACCAGGAACAUACAGCCAUUGACAACAUACAGUAUCAGGAUGAUAGUCAGGAAGUACCGAGCCUCGUUCUUGACCUGUCAGAUGAGAUACACAAAAAUUACGAGUUUCAGUAUAUCGAGGGCUACGAAGACCUGGGCGUGUUUUAUCCAAAUGAUGUUAUGAAAGGGGAUUUUUCAAGAGAUUCCAGUGAAAGACUAGAAGACAGCGAGCAAAUGAGUCAAAUUGUUCCGCAGAUGUGAUGAAAGAAUCGUCAUAUACUAUCUUGUUACAGUGCUUGACUUCAUAUUGAUUUUUGUAACAAUGUGGUUUUUAGGCUCUAUUGGCAAAAUAAGUAUCUUAUGGCUCUAAUGGCAAAAUAACUAUUUUUAGGCUCUAAUGGCUAAGUUAAUUUAUUUUUUAGGUUCUAAUGGCAAAAUAAAUCUAUUUUUUAGGCUCUAAUGGCAAAGUAACUUUAUUUUUUAGGCUCUAAUGGCAAAGUAAAUUUAUUUUUUAGGCUCUAAUGGCAAAAUAACUUUAUUUUUAGGCUCUAAUGGCAAAGUAAAUUUAUUUUUUAGGCUCUAAUGGCAAAGUAAAUUUAUUUUCUAGGCUCUUAUGGCUAAAUAACUUUAUUUUUUAGGCUCCAAUGGCAAAGUAACUUUAUUUUUUAGGCUCUAACAGCAAAGUCAAUUUAAUUUUAGGCUCUAAUGGCAAAAUAACUUUAUAUUUUAGGCUGUCAUGGCAAAGUAACUUUAUUUUUUAGGCUCUAAUGGCAAAGUAAAUCUAUUUUUUAGGCUCUAAUGGCACAGUUAAUUUAUUUUCUAGGCUUUUAUGGCUAAAUAACUUUAUUUUUUAGGCUCUAAUGGCAAAAUAACAUUAUUUUUAGGCUAUAAUGGCAAAGUAAAUUUAUUUUUUAGGCUCUAAUGGCAAAGUAAAUCUAUUUUUUAGGCUUUAAUGGCAACUUAAAUUUAUUUUCUAGGCUCUAAUGGCAAAAUAACAUUAUUUUUUAGGCUCUCAUGGAAAAGUAAAUUUAUUUUUUAGGCUUUAAAGGCAAAGUAAAUCUAUUUUUUAGGCUCUUAUGGCAAAGUAAAUUUAUUUUCUAGGCUCUAUCGGCAAAGUCAAUUUAUUUUUUAGGCUCUUAUGGCAAAUAACUUUAUUUUUUAGGCUCUCAUGGCAAAGUCAAUUUAUUUUUUAGGCUAAAAUGGCAAAGUAAAUUUAUUUUUUAGGCUCUAAUGACAAAGUAACUUUAUUUUUUAGGCUCUAAUAGCUAAGUAAAUUUAUUUUUAAGGCUCUUAGGGCAAAGUAAAUUUAUUUUUUAGGCUCUAAUGGCAAAGUAAAUUAAUUUUUAGGCUCUAAUGGCAAAGUAACUUUAUUUUUUAGGCCUUUAUGGCUAAGUAACUAUUUUUUAGGCUCAAAUGGCUAAGUAAAUUUAUUUUUUAGGCAGUAGUGGCUAAAUAACUUGAUUUUUAUCUUGAUAAUGGACUGAUACAAAAUGGAAACUGGGCAAGUUUUAAGUGCUUUAUCAACAGUAGUGAUGCAUUUGAUCAAACUCUUUAUUGGAGGGAUUGUUACUUAGAUGUUAAUUACUGUGAAUUCACUUAAUUAUGUGGGCAUUAUAUUAUGUGGUUUUGUCAUAAACUACAUUUUCGUGGCUUAUUAAAUUCAUAGACUGUCUAUUUUACCAAAAGGUAAAAUGUAAAUAAUGUGAUGCAAAAUAAUAGCAGAUGAAAAGAGAUUUCGUUGCAUCUUAAAUUGGGUGAUUGACCAUCCACAAAAACCAGUGCCCCACAAAUAAUAAUGAUUUUGCAGUAUAACAUUUUGAUAUUGGAAUAAUGGACAACUUAGAAAAUUUAAAGCAGUUCAAGUUCAUUUCAUGAAUUUAGCAAGGUAAACAAUACUUUCAGUGUAAUAUUUAUGCAUCAACAAACUUGUUCAUUGGAUAAUGGGCAUAAAAGCUAAUUUCCCAAGCAUGAUUAACUGGCCAUUUUUUUUUAAAUUUUCUAACUGUGGUGUGUAUGAGGGGGGAGGGGUUUGAGAUUCUGAACUGCUUGGUCAUUAAAUUUGGCAAGUACCAGUUAGAUGUGAUCAAUUUCUGUGCUUCCGGUUACAAUGUCCAGGAUUUGUGAUUUUUGUUGUUAGGUAUUUUCUUUCACAAAUGUAAUGUUGACAUAAAACCUGUCACUGAAACAUAUUAUUUCCUGCCACUUAUGUUCUGAAUUUGGAAAAAUUAACAUAUAUGUAGAUUUUUUUUGCAAAGAGAAAACCAUUACUAUCACUUCUAACAUACAAAUUUAAUUAAUUUCUUACAUGUGUUAUUUUACCAAUUUAUUUCGAAUAAUUGAAUAAGUCAAUUUUAGAUAAAGUAAAAGAACUUCAGAACUUACAAGAGAAUUUUAAAAUACAUUGUAUUGGAAGGUAUGUUGAUAGUCACAAUUAUGAUUUUGCAUUUGGUCUUCUGAAAAAAAAAUGCUAUCUACCAAUUUUAUUUUAAUUCUGCAUUUGUUUGCUUUUUACAGUUGUGAAAUUGUGUAAAAACAUACAAUGUUGUUGUUGUUGUUGUUCAGAGGAUUAUAAUAUACAUUCCUGCCUUUUAUGCAACAUCAAUAAUAUAAAGAAAACAUUCAACAGCUUGGUGUAAAUACUCUGAUAAUUACUGCACUACAUAUAUUUGUCUCCAGUAUUUCUCUUUUUGUUUUCUUCGUUUUUAAUUUUUUGUUGUUGCUGUCUCGAUUUAUUUUGCUAAAGUUUAACUGAAGCAUUGCAAAAAAAAAGAGGAAGGAAAAAUUGGCAAAUACGUAAGAUCAUCAUCAAUUAUCCCAUUUUCUGGGUGUUUACAGAUUUUAUAUAUGAUUUAGAUUGGGUGUACAAGUUUUUUAGUUAUAAUUUAACAGAUGAAUCAUUAGUGAAUGAUGUAAAUGGUGCACUAUUAUAUAAGGUAGCCCAGUGAUUUUCCUUCUUUUUUUGUGCAAAUUUCAUAGAGGUUCAUUAUGGGUUUUUCUCAAUAACAAACAGUUUGAAAGUCCCAAUCUUGUACAUCUUGAAAAAUUCUUUGAAGUUUUGAUGAUUUCUUUUUUCUCUGAAUUAUCUUGACUAUAUUAUCUUUUAUGAAAAAAAACAAAAGAAAACAAACCAAAAAAAAACACACACACCAUGCAUAGAUCUUCCUAUGUAUUAUCAUAUUUAAUAAUAAAAUGAAUAUUUUUGGAUUCCAAAUUAUCUGAAGGUUACCACAAUAAAAUAUCAAAAUUAAAAAGACAUAAUUUUUUUGUCUGUAAAAAUCACUUCAACAGGAGUGCAUCCAGGGGUAUUAUCAAAAAAAUAAUAUACUGAGUAAAUAUGAAAAAGAAGUAAAAACUUUAUCUUUUUUAUAUUGUAUCAGCGUUUUUUUUCUCUACUUUGGGAAUGGUGCCAGUACCAGAAUGAUUGGGGAAAAAAUGCGUUAUUUUGAAUUAAAUUGGGAUUUUUUUCAUGCAUUUUUUCAGCUACCAUUAAGAUUAGUCAUCAUGAAUAAAGAUAGCUUACAGCUUCCACUGUCCAGGUAGAACUAUUGAGUGGUGAUUUAUAUGAAAAUAUUGUAUUUAAAUGAUUUCAGAGAAAUCACUUGGCCUAAUGUGGCAAUUUUGAACAGCCAUUUUGGGAAUUUAAACAUUGGAAAUUGGGAAUUUUAAUGUCUAUUUUCUAUUGGGAACAGUACCGUUUUAGGGUAGUAGUUAUAUAAAGAAAAAAAACACUGGGUAUAUAUUUGUGUACUUCACCGUCCAUUGUUGUUUUGAUUUAAUCAGGGUCUUUCAAAUUCUUUGUCUAUUUUAAAGACCUUGAUCUACCCCUAAACCUGCUGGAUUUUUAAAAUUAAUUGAAAUGCAUUGAACUUGGAACAGUUUAUUCAAAGUUAAAGGGAAAUUCAUUAUUAAAAUACAUACAAAAAUUCAGCUACUCAGAAUGAUGGUCUGGCUGUACGUGUUAUUGAACAGGAACUUUUCUUGUUUGCAGAAACAUACGGUUUUAUUUUACUUUUAUUGGUUUCCAUGGAGAUUCUUUGAUAUUUUUCCCUUUUUUGAAGAAAUUCUUCUUUUACCUAUUUUUAAGUACAUUUUAUUUAAAACCAUUUUUUAUACUUUAGGAGGGUACUGACAUUUGUCUGUGUUUUGUGUAAUGAACCAUUGAAUUAAAUUAAACGUUUUGAAAAAAAACCUAUCAAAUUUAAUGUUCUUAAAUUUACCCUCACUUUUACAUAUGAAAUAUAAUUAUUGAAUUAUUAGUUUGUUAAGCAGUUUGCAAGUUGCAUGAUGCACACAAAAAAGAGACAAAAGUUGAAAGUUUAAUGUUAUCCCUGUUACAUAUUGUUGUUAUAGUUUACUGUUUAUGUCAUCAUUUUAUAAUGUUAAUAUGUUAAAUGAAUCAUGAACAAUAAAUCAUUUGAGUUGUAAAAUA